GCCGUCAGUGGGGGCGCGGUACGGGAACACGUGUUCGGGACCGGGACCGGCCCCGGAUCGAACCGAACCGCCGAACCGGGGCCAUGGAGCUGCUGCCCCGCAGCCCCGGGGAGUUCGGCUCGGCGCGGUACUGGGAUCGGUUCUUUCGGCAGCGCGGGCAGCGGCCCUUCGAGUGGUACGGGGCGUUCCCGGAGCUGUGCCCCGUGCUGCUCAAGUACGUGCGGCCCCGCGACAAGGUUCUUGUGGUCGGCUGUGGGAACUCGGAGCUGAGUGAGCAGAUGUACGACACGGGGAUGUGUGAGGACAUUGUGAACAUUGACAUCAGCGAUGCCGUGAUCCGUCAGAUGCAGGAGCGGAGCGCGAGCAAGAGGCCAAAGAUGAGCUACCUGCAGAUGGAUAUGCUUCACAUGGACUUCCCAGACGCCCAUUUCCAAGUGGCCCUCGACAAAGGCACGCUGGAUGCCGUACUCACUGAUGAUGAAGAGGUUACUCUAUCUAAGGUGGACAGGAUGUUUGCUGAGAUCAGCCGGGUUUUGCAGGUGGGAGGGCGCUACCUCUGCGUCUCCUUGGCUCAAGCCCAUGUGCUGAAGAAAGCAGUGGAAUACUUCUCCCAGGAAGGCUGGGUAGUGCGUGUUCACGAGGUGGCCACCAGUGGGGACAAGCAGCAGUUUGUCCUGCCGGUCUUUGUCUACGUCAUGACAAAGUUCAGGAAGAUCCCUGGCUCUGCACUGCAGAUCCUGGAGAUGUGCCCCGAGGAGCAGGACAAGCCGCUGCGAUUGGAGAGCACAGAGCGGCUGGUGGAGGCGGUGAAGGACAGGCAGCACUACGCCCUGCUCUGCAGCCAGCUCAGCAAAGCCCCCUGUGGGGAGCAGCUUUCCCUGGAUCUGUGUGAUAAAGGCAGUGGGAGACCCCGCUAUACGCUGCACGUAGUCGACAGCCCUGCGGUGAAACCUUCCCGUGACAAUCGCUUUGCCAUCUUCAUCAUCCCGCAGGGCAGAGAAACCGAGUGGCUCUUUGGGACGGAGGAAGGGCGGAGGCAGCUGGCUGCCAGCGCGGGCUUUGGGCGCCUGGUCACUGUGGCCCUGCACAGGGAGCAGCGCUACGAGGGCAUGGCGAGCAUCCAGGCAGAGCUGUCGGGGAAGGUGAUGGAGCUGGCCCCGCCGGGCCUCCCCGCCCGGCAGCAGGUGCCCUUCCUGUCUGUGGGAGGGGACAUCGGGGUGCGGACGGUACGGCACUGUGAUACCAGCCCCCUGAGUGGGGAGUUCGUCGUGGAGGACGUCAAAGGGGAAGAUGCGUGCUACUUCCGUCGCCUCGUCUUCCUCAGCAACAGGAAUGUGGUGCAGUCGGAGGCCCGGCUCCUGGCCCCUGCACCUCCCCCAGGCCAGAAGAAACGGAGGAAAGACAAGAAGAAGCCUGGCCCUGCCGAGCCUCCUAUGGCAAUUGACAAGAGCUACCUGUGCUGUGAGCACCACAAGGCCAUGGUGGCGGGGCUCUGCCUGCUGGGCAGCUCCGACCCCCUACCAGGAACCCCGAUUGCAGUGCUGGUUGUGGGACUUGGUGGCGGCAGCCUGCCCCUCUUCGUCCACGACUACUUCCCACAAGCCCAUGUGGCUGUGGUGGAGAUCGACCCCUCCAUGCUGGAGGUGGCCACGCGCUGGUUUGGCUUCUCCCAGGGUGACCGGAUGCAGGUGCACAUUGCUGAUGGCCUGGACCACGUCGCCAAGCUGGCAGCUGAAGCCUCAGCUCAGUACGAUGCCAUCAUGUUUGAUGUGGACAGCAAAGACCUCACAGUGGGGAUGAGCUGCCCGCCUCCAGCAUUUGUGGAGAAGCCCUUCCUGGAGAAAGUUAAAACCAUUCUCAAGCCAGAAGGGGUCUUUGUGCUCAACCUGGUGUGCCGUGAUGCUCGGCUGAAGGAGUCUGUCCUGGCCAUCCUCAGGGAAGUCUUCCCCCUGCUCUACGCACGCCGCAUCGAUGGGGAGGUCAACGAGAUCUUGUUCUGCCAGCUCAGCCCCGAGAGCCGGCGGGACCCUGUGGAGCUCACAGUGCUUGCCCAGGCACUGGAGGGGUCAAUGCAGCAGUUGGGACGCUCCUGGGACAGCUCGUAUGUGCUGGCAGACAUGCUGCAGGCCAUCAGCAUCCUCUGAGUGGGGCCCUGAUGCCACUUGAGCAAAAGGAGUGCCUGCAUGGUGCUGCAGCUGGGACAUUGUUGACCCUGCAGGGAGCCAGUGCUGGCCUGGUGUCUGCCUGAAGGCUGCAGCUGGCAUGGAGAGGGGCUCCCGACAGCAGAAGGGAGCCCAGCGUGCCUCGUGGAGCGCUGAGGCUCUGCUCUUUGCAUACAGCAGGGCUGGGGAAGAGUGCUGGGAGAGCAGGGAGCUGUGCUGCCCAUGGGACAGUGUUGAGCUGGCAAGGGGAAGAAGAUGCUCCAGGGUUGGCAGGGCUGUGUGUUUGCAUCUCUCCCCACUGCUUUCCUUUUGUGGUUAAAUGUCACUCUGACCAUCCUCUUCCCUUCCAGCACUGCUCCUUCCCCAUGUUCUGCUUUCUUCUACACCUCCAGGAUCACUGCUUGUUGGCAUCUCUGCAAACCCCUGGCUCUGCCCCGAGGCUGGCAGCAGAUGUGUAUAGAUGGGCUGAGUGCUGUGACAAUAAAGCUCAGGACUGCUCUUGA